AUUAGUUGUCAUUUGUUUACACCCUGGAGAGUCAUGGACGCCAUGGCGAUCGGUGAGAGUAUUGUGAAACACAGCAACAGAACCUCACGGUCUUUGACAAUACAUUUUGUAUCUCAUCCAUUCCUACCUUUUUUCACAGAUAGUCAAGGCACCUCAUCUUCGCAUUGUAUCUAUCCCUUACCUUCCGUCCCGCUUCUUAGCCUCUGCCUUUUGCUAUUCCUGCUGGGACAUAUGCCCUUCGGAUCCUUCUCGGCAGUUAGGUCUGCUGUCUUUCCAGAAUGGAGUCAAAAUUCCCACAAUUUGGAGCCGGUGACGUAAACAUAACCAUAUAUGAGGAUGUUUAUCGGCUACAUUCUACCGUACUCAAAACCCGUUCGCGUGAGUUGAGAGACCUACUUUCAUCGCUUGGAUCGUAUGACAUUGGACACUUCGGCUGUGUGCAACUUGAACUGGUGGAAUCGACAUCACAUGGAUACGGAGUGCUUGAGGUUCUGGACCCAGAUGACCAAUAUCGUUAUGGCCCCAUGUAUAUGCAGCUCCAGAAGCCCAUCAUCAUGUGGCCUCCAGAAAUCCGUCUCCUUUGGGCUAACAUGUUCAAGAUCUUGUAUGACCUCUGUCCUUUGUUAGACCAUGGGGGCCUCCAGAACGUCCUAUGCCGCUGCUGGGAUCUAGUCAAUCUAGCCGACUGCCUUAGAGCCACCCGCACGGUAUUUCCUGCUAUCGUAGAUGCUCUCCAGGAACUAGGACCGCAUUUCUAUGCUCUCAUCGCCGAGGAUCCGAUCAAUUGGAUAAAGCUGGGCACUUAUAUGCGAUCGGCGCUGAUCUUCAAGGAAGCAGCAAUCCACAUCAUCGGCAACUGGAAUGCCCUAGAAGAUGACCUCGACUAUCUACCGAGCGUCGUCCACGAGUUAUGCGAGGGCAAACAAGCGCAACUUGUCGAAUUCAAGCAAGCACUUGAGGCUCGCAUGCUCACCUGUUGCCCCUACACAACACUCCCUAUGGUUUCGUGCACCGAAGAUAUGGUCACCCCCUGUAUGAAGGACUUUGGGAUGUGGACGGCAAUGACUUACUACAGCCAGUGGUUUUGUAUGGCGGUCGCCGAAAACCGCACCUAUCAUGCUCGUGACGGUGGUGCCGCUUUCUAUCGCGCCAUCUACGCCGGAGGCGAUGCUUACCUAGAUACCGAGGAACAGACAAAUACGAACGCUUUUCGCAUGAGUACGUACAGGGCCAUGAUGCUUGAUAAAGCCCUGAACAUCCUCAAAGGUGAAAUGAGCAAGUUUGUUUCUGUUUUGUUGAUCAACGAAAGCCACUAUGAUCCUGGUCUUAUGGGAGAACUACCGUACCUGACGUGCUGCAAGGUUGAUGACGAGGAACUCCCCUGGGUCACUUGGCCCGAUGGUGAUUGGCAUGUUGACAGUGACGAGGAGCUUUUCUUAUCGGACUACGAAGCUGUGACAGAUGAUGAUGAUGACGGAGAUGAUGACGGAGAUGAUGAUAUUACCGAGCCUAGAAGUAUCACUGCGGAGGCUACUUCGGCUGAUACAAGUGGAACUUUUGCCACUGACACUUUGUCUGUCGAUACGGACAUUACUGACGUUGAAUCGAUCGAAAUCGAAGAUGGAAACGAGGCUGAAGACAAGAACGCUUCUAUUGUGGACGAAGAUGAAGAGAUGAUUGAUGACCGCUGAACACGAGCAGCACUACCGACUUGGUAAAUUUGCUUGCUUGCAUACUUUGGGAUACCCGACACCGGUCAUAUAUUGAAUUAGUAUUACCGAGUCACAGGUGAAUAGCCGCCCCGACUACUACCAUAGGAUAGGAAACAAAUGGCAUUAUUCACCGCUCUAUAAUCAUUUUCCUGUACAAUACACAACAGUCACGCUGACCAUCAAGCCCGUAGGCCGUGAGGGUAUAGAGACGAUUGAUAGGGGCAAUGGCAAGAAGA